AUGAAAGCAGCAGUAUUCAGUGAUUUUGAUGGUACCAUCACGCUACAGGACUCGAACGACUAUUUGACAGACAACUUAGGGUUCGGUAAAGAGGAAAGGCUGAAAGUUUUCUCUGGUGUCUUGGACGGGAACAAACCAUUCAGAGACGGAUUCAAAGCUAUGUUGGACUCUGUGCAUGAACCAUUCGACUCAUGCAUCGAACAAUUAUUGGCCCAUAUCAAAUUAGACCCAGGUUUCGUAGAAACCGCUGAAUGGUGUGCUGCCAAUGACGUACCAUUAGUUGUCAUCAGUAGCGGUAUGAAGCCAAUCAUCGAGGCGCUAAUUGGGAAACUUGUUGGUACGGAACGUGCUAAGGAAUUAGGGAUCGAAGUGAUCGCCAACGGCGUGGAGGUGGACGAGGCCACAGGUGAAUGGCACAUUGUGUACCGCGACGACACGCCUCACGGACACGACAAGGCUCAGACCAUUGAACAGUGCAAGAAGAGGUUUGCUGCCGACAAAUACUUCUACUGCGGGGACGGUGUCAGUGAUUUGACUGCAGCACGCGAGUGUGACGUGUUGUUUGCACGUGAAGGAUGUGAUUUGGCACCAUACUGCGACCACCAUGGUAUCCCAUACAUCUUGUUUAACAACUUUACAGAGAUUAAAGACAGAAUAGCCAAGGAGCUGUCUUAG